AUCCAACCCUUUACAUAUGCUCCUGCUGCUGCUGCUGCCUCAGUAUUUAUUUCUGUUCACUAAUUAAUCAGUGCUCAUCUUGUGGGAGGUGGGUCCACUCGAAGCAAUAAUGACAACCCCCCACUGCUAACCUAGUAUUAGCAUUCAGUCCAGUGUCAAAAUGGAGCUGCAUUUCCCCAUCCAGCAUGUCGUUGUGGUCGGGUUCCAUCAUAAGAAAGGAUGUCAGAUAGAAUUUGCUUACCCACCGUUCGAGAUGGAUAUCGAGAAGACGGCGUGGAAGCAUUUGCCGACGUUGGCGAUGCCGGAUGGAGCCCACAAUUUUACGACGGACACUGUAUAUUUCCACCUCCCCUCCUUGCACCGAUCAGGAGAAACGGUCUUUGGGGUGGCGUGCUUUCAACAGAUCGAUGCUGAGAAAAUAAAGAAUAAAGGUGACGAGGUGACCAGAUCCACUAUUCAAAAGAGUAUCUGCGUACUGAGCAAGUACCCCUUGUAUGGACAUAUUCAGGUUAAGAUGUCCCUUAUAACUGAUGCCUACUUUCGAGAAGGAGAUUUUGCCAAAGUCUCGAUUUUAGAAAAGGCUUAUCAUAAUCUGAACGCUUGCCUUACUCCUGACCUUCUCACUACACCAGAAGCAUUUGUUGGUUUAUCUCCACGAGAUUUAAUUUUCACAUUUCGUCACGAAGUUCUUGUCUUGUUAAAAUUAUUACUAUUGGAGAAGCGCAUUUUAUUCCGUGGCACAUCCGUCAGUUCGCUCUGCUCAGCCCUCUUAACCCUCGUCUCGCUCAUCCCCCUCACCCUUGAGUAUGGUUUGAGUGAGUCUGCCUGUGUCAAAACUUCAAAAACGAUGUCAAUUGUGCCCCAAUUUAGUUCGCCUGAAUGUUCAUUUGAAGUUGAAGAUGUGGAGAAGAUGGAUGCUGAGAAAUCCAGCCCGGAUACCAAAUCAGACGAUAAGGGCGAGCCGACGACUAAAAUCUAUCCGGAUUUAACAUCUGAAAAACUAAAAACGAGGAAAGAUCUCAUUAACAGCUCUCUAAUUCAAGGGUCUGUCUCAACUAGAUCUGGUCAGGCGCCUACCACGCUAGAUUUGACGGAUGAUGCUGGCCGGAUUGAACUCAACGAGCUAAGAACUCCAGCUUCUGAAGCAGGAUCCUUCGAAUCAGGAUUUUCAAACAGUUCUGAUCAGAAAAUGAGCAAUGACAUUCCAGAUUUUCUAACUGCAGUUCAACUAACUGCUGCGGAUGCAGGACUUCCGCUCAACAUAUUUUGCAAGGGCUAUCUUUGCCACCCAUACCUCUCCCUUCACUACAUGGAUCUGCUCUCAGACUCUGGCGUGCGAGGCUUUGUCGUGGGCGCAACCAACAUUCUCUUCAAACAAAAACGAGACCUGGUAGACGUCAUAGUGGAGAUGCAAGAUGGAUCUGUUGAAAUUUCGUGUCCCGCUCUCAAGAAAUUGGUCACCCUCACGACUGAGGAUCUCAGAUUUGCGGAGAAUGUGGUGCGAAAUGUCACCCAACAAGAGGCCAACUCCUCCAAUGAAUGGAUCAGAGCACAGUUCAAGUAUUGGUUGAUGUGUUUAAUGAGAACGAGUCAAAUGGAGGACGGAAAUCGAGCCAGGGAUUGUUUUGGGGCGCAGUUUAUCACCGCCUGGCAGAACACGCACCAUUGGAAGUUGUGGGAUGGAUAUAUCAAUUCGGAGGAGAGGGACACACCAGGAAUUUAUCUCAUUUCUCCAGGUCACCCCUGUUCUGGUCAGAUGGGAGUGAAUGAUGUGAAACUAAGACUCGCUCAUUCCAUGCAAAAGACGGAGGGUGGUCGAAAACUCAACCAAGCUGUUGGAAAGGCGGUAGCGUCGACGGGCAAGGCUGUGGGUGGUGCCCUCACCCAAGCGAAGGGCGCCCUCUCCUCUUGGUGGAGUUCCGUCGUAACGAAUACGCCAACCGGUGUGGAAAUCGGAUCUGAGGAAGCGAAUACUGCCACAGAAUCCGCUCCGCAAGGCGGAACUCCUCUUCCUGCCCCUUCUUCUCUCCCGGUGUCGGCGAGCGUCAACAAUGGUGGAGCCAGAGUUGAGAAGGUUGUUGAGGAAAGGCAAUCGCAGUCAGUGUGGUUCACGAACUAAGUCAGCACGUACGUCUUUGUGUCCCUCGUACACGACACGACCUGAUAUCUUAUUAUUAUGCAGACAACCACCAUCUGUAGUAUUAGAUACGAACACUACGUAUUGUACUUUUUUAUUAUUAAUAUCAAGUUACACCCACAAAUUUAUUUACUCAAUGAUGUUAUUUGCAAGUGCAUUUGCGUGAUAUUGAAUAAAAUCGAUCCAUCACAUCACAAUUUUAAAAUCC